AUGAUCUCGUCAAGCGAGAACCCCUUCGCGCCAGAGUUCGGCAACAUCACGCUGACGAUCCUGAACCGCAACACCUACCGCGAGCGGUUCACGUUCAACUUCACCAUGGCCAUGCCCGUGGUGGCCCUGAGCGGCACCUUCAACGACACCUCGACCACGACGUGCUACUUCAACAGCACCGUGCUGAGCGCCACCAUCUGGACGCGCAUGCGCGCCGACUACCCGCGCAACAUCUCGAGCGUCGCCGCGCCCGUCAACGCCAGCUCGACGUUCGACCCCUGGCCGUUCGCGGUGGACAUCGCCGAGACGCAGCCGGCGGGCGCCGACGUCCCGGACUGUCGGGACUGGCAGGGGCGGGCCGUGGGGGACGUCAGCGCGGGCGACGGGGGCGGGGCGUGCAGUUGCUCGUAUUCGAACUAUGACACGCUGACGACGAACGGGACGGCUUCCAGGGCGUGA